AUCCGCCCGAAUCUGACCUAAUAAGGUAGGGUAAAACCUGAAUCCAAAUGAUUUUUAGUGGCUACGGGUAAACCCCAAAACCAAAAAUUACGUGUAAUUGGUGGACAUGGUUUUCUCACUAUCCAAUUCAAACUCGCCCGAUUAUACACAUGCGUAUGUAUUUUGUGGAAAUAAUAAUUAUUUUUCUCUAUAUAUUAAGCAUAUAAAUAUAAUAUUUUCAUGAAAUUGUAUUGUUUUAAUUAUUUUUUUAUUUCAUUCCAGUGAACUAUUGUCGUACUUUUCCUCUUAUGUAACGUGAGAAUACGUGUGAAUGUUAACAUAUUAGUUCGAGUUACAGACACAAAUUAGUAUCCAUAGAUAACAGUGGAUACCCAAUCGGGUAUGAACAUGAUUUUUAUUUUCUACCCGUUUCUAUGUAAUUAUGGGUAUGAGUAAAAUCCGAACUACUUAAAAUAUGGUAACGAAUAUGCAAUCCAACUCGACUCGUUGCCAUCUCUAAUUAGUAGUUAUGCACUCUUGCUUUCCUCUUCCAAACCGCCACGUAGGACAGAGCGCUGUGAGCCAUAUAAAGCAACAGCCAGCUCCUUUCCCGUAGCUCGCAACCGGUGGAUUCAACCGGUCCUUCCAGAUAAUCCACGUCACGCCCACCACAGGACCCCACCAUGCGACCAACCUAGGUGCUCUUUUACAACCUUAUCCCCACCCUCAAAGGACGCUUGUGGCGGAGAAUAGCGGAGAGCAUGUCCAAAAGCGACAUUUCUGACAAAAAAGUGCAAAGGUGGGCGUCAAGUCCAUCCAGCCAAUAAAUUUCAGCCACAUGGCUUCAUCUCCCUCCUCCCGAGUUUGCCCUCGGCUCCAAUCGCAGCCUCAAAUAUUAAUUUCGAUUUGUUUAUUAAAUACGAGAAAACAAAAUUAAAAAUAAAAAGAAAUCCGCUGGGAAAUUAUAGUGGCUGAGAUUUCUCCAAGCGCUUCCCCAACUGUGUUCGUUUCUGGUGUUUUAGGUCUCACCGAAACUCGCUAUCACUUCUUCCUUCUUCUUCUUCCUGUUCUAUAUGUUUCGUUUUUACUCCCUCUUUUUCUUUCUUUCCUUCAUCUCCUCUGCCGAAUCCCCAGUUCUAUCUUCCGGAACGAACUCGUGAUUUUGCGAGGUUCCCGAUCUGCCAUUGUCGGUAGAGGAUGAGUUUACCGGCGGAACUCCGGUGACAUCUAGCCCUUGCUUGAUCGGUUACUUUCACAUGGAUUUCCUACGAGGUACUUCGAUUUAUUCUUCUCGCAGCUUCUUUUUUGGUUUUCUAGCUGUUCGACUCUCUGUUUGGUUGCCGAGAAAUGUUUUAAAAGAAAACUCCGAUUGGAAUUCUUACUCUGCUCAACUUCACUAUCCUCGCUUGUUUUUGGUGAUUGCCUGCAAUCAAGGAGUUAGGAUCUGAGAACUGGUGAAUGGUGGAUUGAACUGGAUACUGAAUUGCUGACUACUGAUUCGAGUUUCUCUUCUGUUUGUUUUGUUUGUUUGUUCUCUUGUUUCUUGUUUCCAUGUUCUAAAGGAUUUGCAGUUCACGCGUCCAAUUUGGUGAGGAUUCUGAAUAAAGGAGUUUACAUUUAAGUUCAGAAUGGGAGGAGCGUCUCUCUAUCUGUUACUGGUGGAUUCUUUUGGAUUUUUACUAUUUGUUUGCAGUAAAAAAAAUACACUAUCUGUACUGUAUCUUUGACCUUCAAGUAUGUAGACAAGUGGUGUUCUUAGUCGUUCUGACACAAUUGAGACGGAACUCUAUACGAUUUCCUGCUCCUUCUUUCUAUCCUUUUGCAGUAGUGUGCUAUUCUCAGAUUUUCUCUAUUCCAGAAACAACGGCUUUAGUUUCAGUUUUCCAAGUUGCCAGAGAUGAGGGGAAGUUGCUCUUCAGUCGGCUGCUCGUUCGAAAGGAUUUGAAGCGGCAACAGCUGCUGAAGAUCCGGAAAUGGACACAUACUCGUCUGGUGAAGACUUGGUUAUUAAGGCGAGGAAACCUUAUACGAUUACCAAGCAACGGGAGCGAUGGACUGAAGAGGAGCAUAAUAGGUUCCUAGAGGCUCUGAAGCUCUAUGGUCGAGCUUGGCAGCGAAUAGAAGAACAUAUAGGUACAAAGACUGCUGUGCAGAUUAGAAGUCAUGCACAGAAGUUCUUCUCAAAGUUGGAGAAGGAAGCUGUAGCGAAAGGUGUUCCAGUGGGAAAGGCUAUUGAUAUCGACAUUCCACCUCCACGACCGAAAAGGAAGCCGAGUAAUCCUUAUCCUCGUAAAACAGGGGUUAGUCCCAUCACGUCUCAUGCUGGAGCAAAGGAUGGAAACCUUUCAACUUCACUUCCUUGCAGCCAGCAAGUGCUAGACCUCGAGAAAGAACCACCUCCUGAGAAACCUAGUGGCGAUGAGAACUCUACUGGUGCAAAAGAAAACCAUGACGAAAGUUGCUCAGAACUCUUCAAUUGCAGUUCCUCCGCUUCAUCACUGAAGAAAACUUCCACAACACCACCGGAAUUGCUUAGGAGGAUACCAUCCUCCUUUAGGGAGUUCGUGCCUUGCUUGAAAGAUGCAGCAGCAACUCAGGAUGCAACAAAUGAAUCGCACUCUCAUAUCACCACUGAACAUCCUGAUGGAAAUCGCAAGUGGAAUGAUUAUAAGAAUAACAGGCCAGAGCUCAAUCUGAAAGUUCCUGACAAUGGCAGUAGCAGUAAGCUCCUUCAGCUCGGGAACUCCUGCCUCCAUUUGCACGAGGAGUCACUGCAAGACAAGAAAGCUGAUGAUGACAACAAUGCCAAUGUGGUGCCACCAGAGGAUAAGAUGCUUCAGCAGAACUAUCCUCGGCACGUUCCAGUGCACAUUCUUGAUGGGAGGAGAUUGGGAACAUGUCAUGACUCAAUGGCCACCACUGUAGGAGAAAGUAGUCAGGCACAAUCUAAUGUAUACUCGCUUCCAACUCCAUCUGCAGCUGGAGUCCAGAACAACAGGCCGCCAACAUCUUCGUCACAUCAAUCAUUUCCAUCUUUCCCCUUCACACCAAAUCCUCUCCAAGAUCAGCAAGAUGACUACAGAUCCUUUCUCCAGAUCUCUUCGGCCUUUUCAAGUCUCAUCGUGUCUACUCUGCUACAGAACCCUGCUGCCCAUGCCGCAGCAAGCUUUGCUGCCUCAUUUUGGCCGUAUGCAAAUGUUGAAAAUGGGGCAGAUUCAUCCAGACAGGUGGUAAACUCUGCUCCUAGUAUGGCAGCCAUUGCUGGAGCUACAGUGGCAGCGGCAACUGCCUGGUGGGCUGCUCAUGGACUGCUUCCCUUGUGUGCUCCUCCUCCUCCUCCUCCUCCAAUGCAUGGUGCAUCCUUUGCUUGCCCUCCGCCAGCUGCAAUUCCAUCACCUCAUAACAGUCCACUUAAAAUGGUGAGCAAGGAAGGCACUCCUCCCCAAUAUUCACAUUCAGAGACUGCAAUGCUUGCUCAGAACUCAACCUCCAAAUCACAUGACAUGUCUUCGUCUGACAAGAGAGAAGAGAAUAACGGAGGCUCAAACCCGAAUGCUGCUGUGCAGCAAGUUGCUGGUCACAAGAUGAACUCGACGGCACCAGAGGUAAAUAAUGAUUCUAGCGAACCAAAGAACAGGAAACAAGUCGAUCGUUCCUCGUGCGGUUCAAACACAGCCUCCAGCAGUGAAGUGGAGACAGACGCGUUAGAGAAGAAUGAGAAAGAUGAUGACAAGGAAGAGCCGAUGAAAGAAGGCGCUGAUGCAAACAACCCUCCAGCAUCGACAACUGAUUCUGGCUGUCGUCGAAGUAGGAGCAACACAAGCACAAGUGGCGAUUCGUGGAAGUCUGUUUCGGAAGAGGGACGUCUCGCCUUCCAAGCACUAUUCUCAAGACAAGUGCUUCCACAGAGCUUCUCGCCCCCACCAGAUGGCGAAGUAGAGAUGCAAAACGCGGAGCAUAGAAAUGUAGAGGUAAUGGUAUUGGAUCUCAACAGGUGCCAUCCCAGGGAGGAGCAGAAUGCCAUCUCUCCUACUCAUGGGGAGGAAUGCUCAUUACCAACUAUAGGAAUUGUCGCGAAUGAAAAGCUCAAGCCUCGUCGAACCGGGUUCAAGCCCUACAAAAGAUGUUCCGUCGAGGCCAGGGAAAACAGGCUGACAACCAGUUGCGGCGGAGGCCAAGGGGAAGAGAAGGAGUCGAAGCGGAUAUGCUUGGGGCUGGAAGGGGAAGCUUCCAUCUGAGAUGAAAAUGCUCCUAAAAAACAGCGGAAACCUCU